AAACCCUGGUUUUUAGAUCCUGUUCUUCAUUUUCCUUGUUCUCUUCGCUCCUAUUUCCAUGCUCAUUCGAGCUCCCAGGAGGGUCUCUUUGCCUUGUUAGGGUUUCCGGUAAUGGAAACCUAGUUUGGCUAUGCAUGAGGAAUGAGGAUGGAUGUUCGGGGGCCCCGGGACAGCGCUUUGCUUGCAUGUGUACUUCUGGGUGUUAGGGUUGGUGGCGCGUGUCCCGAUGGGGCUUUCAAGGCUGUGGAAAUGGGUUGAAAGCCAUUUAGAGAUGGUGUUCUCCAUCCUCUGGCGGGGGUCAGAUCGUGUCGAUCUCGCUGCCUUUCGUGUGGUCUUGGCUCAAUCUUCGAGGCCUUGAGGCUCCAAGUCAAAUCCUCUUUUGCUGUUCUCAUUCCGAACAUUCCUCUUCACUUCCUUGGAGUUCCAAGUCUCUCUCUCUCUCUCUCUCUCUGUUUUCCCUUUUCCAAUGACCAGUUCGAUCUCCGGGCGGCGAUGUCCUCAGGCGGCGGCGUUCGCGGUGCCGCUCUUGGUUCUUCUCGCUUUUUUCAGCAGUUGUUAUUUGGUGCGAUCGGAGGGCCGGAUGAAUCCUCAGCCGACCAAAUCCAACGGUAUCCAUUCCACGGUUCAUCGGAAGCUUCUACAGCAAGGGGCGGCGAAGACGGAUAGGAUUGGAGAAGGGUGCAGCAGGGACGACAUCGUGUUGAUCCAGGGAGCGACGCCGCCGCUGCCGAGUGGCAUACCGACGUAUACUGUUGAAGUGCUUAACACCUGCGUUGGAGACGAUCCGAGCUGCGCUAUCUCUGGCAUUCACAUUAGCUGCGGUUGGUUCAGCUCUGCUCGGCUUAUCAAUCCCAGCGUCUUCCGCCGUCUCAGUUUCAAUGACUGCCUUGUCAAUGAUGGCCGCCCUCUCCUCCCAGGUUCCUCACUUUCCUUCCAGUAUGCUAACUCUUUCCCUUACCAUCUUUCCGUCUCCUCUGCUUCCUGCCCUCCUUGAUAAUAAUCAUCAUCAUCAUCAUUCUCUCUUGUUUUUUGGUUGUCCAUAUAGCUGCAUCUAGGUAUAUAUAUACAACUGUAUAGGCUCUUGUUAGAAGGGCUAUGCAUUUUGGUUCGAAAAUAUAACACGAUUUUGUUGAA